UACAUUCAUCGGACUCGAUCAAGGAGCCUAUGGAGUUCGCUUUCUUCCAGAUCUCGCACUUUGAGGAGGGAAUAAGCAUACUGUUGACGAAGUGAAUAUCACUGCAGGCACCUAUACGUUGCGAAGAUCAUUCACAAUGGCCGACGGAUGGUACUUGCGUUAUACCUUUGGCGAUGAAAUGUAUCUGUCGGAAACAUUUCAGCUGACCCUGGGGCAGCCAUCAAAUGCCAGUGAGAGUACGACGACUUCGACCUUCGAUCGGGUCACUACCACCAUAAGCACACCCACCAUGGUCGUCACAAGCAUGGAUGAAAGCUCGACAAUGCAGGUCACGCCUACCUCUGCCGAUGUAUUACCCACCGCAUCCAGCACGGAAGUUGCAAUGAUCGAUCCGGGCUCAAAGGGUGGUUUAAGUAUGGGGUCGAAAGCAGGGAUCGGAGCGGGCUGCGCUGCUGCUGUGAUUCUGGGGCUGAUGGGCUUGUACCUGAUCUAUAGGGCUAGGAAGAAGAGGAGCAGUGAAAGUGCGGAGGAGAUACCGGCUCGUGCGCAAGUUCUUGCAAUCUCGGAGCUGGAUGGGGCGAGUGGCGCACCCAGGAAAUAUGAAUUGGAAGGCAAUCAAGGGGUGGUAAAGGCGCAUGAGCUUCCAGCGCAGGCUGGGAUUUCACAUGAGCUGCCAGGAUGAUCGGGUCCGAGAAUUAGAAGCCGGUAGUGCUUUGUCCGAUGACAUUCGCGGCCGGCUACCGCGGAGAUCUUGCCGGACUCGAGGCCGGGGGGCAAUCGGGGGCCUUCCCGAAAGAGAAGUUAAGGGUAGUGGGGCGACCCAAGAUUCUUCCCCCG